GCUUCGUACCAUGUGUCUUCAGGUUGCCAUAGCUGCACUCUACUACAAUCCUGACCUGCUUCUGCACACCUUGGAGAACAUCAGAUUUCCACACAAUCCUGAGCCCAUCACUGCACAGUUCAUAAACCAGUGGAUGAAUGACACGGACUGUUUUCUUGGACUCCAUGACAGAAAGAUGUGUAUAAUAGGACUAAGCAUCCUAAUGGAGCUGCAGAACCGACCGCCUGCAGUGGAUGCUGUGGCUGCUCAGAUUGUCCCUUCAAUCCUCCUCCUCUUCCUCGGCUUAAAACAAGUUUGCGCCUCACGAGAACUCACAGAACAUGAGGAUCAUGCUAAAGAUGAAAAACACGUUGCAGAAGAUAAUGAAGAGAUACCAAGUGAUGAGGAGGAGACAAAUGAAGUAAGCCAGGUGAUGCAAGAGAACCAUGGUGGAGGAGGAGGUGGUGGAGAGGAAGAGGAUGAAGAUGAUGAUGACGAUGACUGGGAUGAGGAUGCAUUGGAAGAGACUGCUCUUGAGGGGUUCAGCACACCUCUUGACCUUGAAAAUGGUGUUGAUGAAUACCAGUUUUUUACACAAGCACUUUUAGCGGUGCAGAGCCGAGACGCCACCUGGUACCACUUGCUCACAGCACCUUUGAGUGAAGAUCAGAAGAAACAGCUGCAGGACAUUUACACAUUAGCAGAACACCGGCGAAGUGCUGCAGAGACUAAGACAAUAGAACAACAAAGUGGCUACACAUUUGACAACAAAGGACUGAUCACACCAUUUAACUUUGCUGGAGGUACUCCUGGUGGCAACUGAAGGAUCAGCUGCAAAGGUCAAUGCGAAGGUCUUACCAUUACAUUUUCUUGAGAUCAAUGUGACUUCUGAGUGAUAGGGGAAGGUAAUUUGAUGCUGCUGAAGGUUUUCUGGAAAAUAGCAGUGUGGUUCCCCCACCAGAAUGUUCUUUCUACCAGCUACUGUAAUGUACAAAUUCUUGUGGUGUUUUUGUAAUUUGAUGGACUGAAAGGAGAUGUUUGUCCUCAAGAAACCUGACAGACUGGGAGGGGCCAGGCUGCAUCUAACUGAGUUGCACUUCUCAGGUUUUUGCUGUGCAGAAUUGAUAGAUUCAUAUGGAUAACAGUGCCUUCUGUUGUACAUGGAUUGCCUGAACAAAUGGAUUUUGGAGUGCAUUAUAAUUUUUUAAGUGUAAGGACAUUUCUUGAUACACUGUAAGCCUUGGUUCCAUGUUUUCCGGUCACCUGCUUCUUAGUACUUGGUUUAAUUGUUCAUUGUUUGCAUACACAUUGCUGGAUUUGGAAUAUCCCACCUUUCCUGUUUGCUGCAGACCAAAUGUGUAGAGGGAGAUGUUUGUUGGGAUUGCCAAGCAUACACUGGUUACAUCAAGGGGUCUCAACAAAAUUGCAGAUUUUCCCUUGA